AUGCCGAAUCAACCAACCCUCGUCCUUAUACCCGGUUCAUGGCACAGACCCACAUGCUACGACAAGCUUAUUGAGCUCCUAGAACCAAGACUGAGAUGCGUGACAGUAUCACUACCCUCAACAUCCGGAAAUCCAAAAGCGACCUUCAAAGAUGAUCUCGACGCAGCUCGAACCGUCGUUUCAGCCGAGACAAGCAACGGCCGUAAUGUGGUUGUCAUUGCGCAUUCAUACGGCGGGAUGGUCAGCAACAGCGUUAUCAAAGGAUUCGCAAAGUCAAAAAAAUCACCAACCAGUGACGGUGUCAGCGAGUCGGGAUACGUGAUUGGAUUGGUCCUCAUAGCUUCUGGCUUUACUUUGACCGGAUUAUCUUUCAUGGACCCGUUCUUCGGCCAUCCACCGCCUGCAUGGCGCGUGAACAAUGAGACCGGCUAUGCUGAACUCGUCACGUCCCCGCGGGAAUUAUUCUAUCACGAUUUACCGGACGAUGAGGCCGAGUACCGGGUUUCUCAACUUGUUACGCAGAGUCUGAAGGCGUUGUUUGAAGGCGGCGAGUAUACUUAUGCUGGGUGGCAGGAUGUGCCGUCUUGGUAUAUUGGGACCGUGGAGGAUCGUGGCUUGCCGGUGCUGGCUCAGCGUAUGACGGUUGGUAUGGCGAGGGAGAUGGGGGCUAGUGUGGAGCAUCGCGAGUUGCAGACCAGUCAUUCGCCGUUUUUGAGUCAACCUGCUUUGACGGCGAGGAUAAUAUUCGAGGCUGUUGCUUCGUUCACGGGGUCUGGGCGUGAUGAUUCCACGUCGAUGGGCGAAGGGGACGAGACUCCCAUAGUUGUCCCGCGCACGGCCCUGUUCAAACCAUUGUCCUGGUUUAAAUUUGGGAUACCGAUGGCAUUCGGACGCUUCAUGGGCAGGGGAUUUCUUCUGUUUGGGUGGGUGCGCAGAGUUUGGACAGCUGGGUUGCGUUGA